CUUUGCCCUCUCUUACGUCGUCUGCCUGAUUAGCACCUCGGCGCACACAAGCAUCAUGUCGCAUCUCUCCACCCCUCAGAAUGGCGCAGGCGUCAAGGCGUCGCGCACCCGCGGUGCCUCGCACAUUGACUUCAAAUCGGCCACGACGGGCGUCGCUGCCAAGGCGAUGCGCAACGAGCUCAACAAGAUGGUGGCUGAGAUCGAGGACCCUGUCGCACGCAAGGCCUUUGACGCCGAGAUGUCGUCCUUCUUCACGCUCUUCAACCGGUAUCUGAGCGAGCGGGCAAAGGGCGAGAAGCUUGUCUGGGACAAGGUCAAGGCGCCUGCGCCAGAACAGAUCACGCCCUACGACCAGCUCAAGCCAGCGUCGAACACUUCGCUGCUCAACAAGCUUGCCGUUCUCAAGCUCAAUGGUGGCCUGGGCACGACGAUGGGCUGCACGGGCCCCAAGUCAGUCAUCGAGGUCCGUGAGGGCAUGACUUUCCUCGACCUCUCUGUGCGUCAGAUCGAGCACCUUAACUCGACGUACAACGUCAAUGUGCCAUUCAUCCUCAUGAACUCGUUCAACACCGACGACGACACGGCGCGUGUCAUCCAAAAGUACGCCAACCACAACGUCGAGAUCCUGACGUUCAACCAGUCGCGCUACCCUCGUGUCAACAAGGAGUCGCUCCUGCCCUGCCCACGCAGCGCCACCAGCGACAAGUCCCUCUGGUACCCGCCGGGACACGGCGACCUGUUCGACGCCAUGUACAACUCGGGCCUCCUCGACCGACUCAUCAACGCAGGAAAGGAGUACGUCUUCGUCUCCAACGUUGACAACCUCGGCGCAGACGUCGACCUGAACAUCUACCAGCACAUGAUUGACACCCAGGCCGAGUUCAUCUCGGAGGUGACGGACAAGACAAAGGCCGACGUCAAGGGCGGCACCCUUAUUGACUACGAGGGCACGAUCCGGCUCCUCGAGAUUGCCCAGGUGCCGAGCGAGCACGUCGAGGACUUCAAGAGCGUCAAGAAGUUCAAGAUCUUCAACACCAACAACCUCUGGCUGAACCUCCACGCGAUCAAGCGCGUCCUGGAAAACGACGAGCUGGACCUCGAGAUCAUCGUCAACAACAAGUCCCUCGGCUCUGGCGAGGCUGUCAUCCAGCUCGAGACGGCUGUGGGCGCGGCCAUCAAGCACUUCAAGGGCGCAAAGGGCGUCAACGUUCCGCGGUCGCGCUUCCUUCCCGUUAAGAGCUGCAGCGAUCUGCUACUCAUCACCUCGGACCUCUACUCGCUCGAGCACGGCAAGCUGUGCAAGGACAAGUCGAUCGAGUUCAACACCACGCCCGUCAUCAAGCUGGGCCCCCACUUCAGCAAGGUGGCCCAGUUCCAGGCACGGUUCAAGACGGUGCCCAACAUGAAGGAGCUCGACCACCUGACCAUCUCGGGCAACGUGACCAUUGGCAGGAAUGUGACGCUGCGGGGCACCGUCAUCAUCAUUGCCGUUGAGGGGUCGAGCAUCAACAUUCCCGACGGCUCCAUCCUCGAGAACAAGCUCUGCUCGGGUUCGUUGAUCCUUGUCGACCACUAGACUUGCAGAGCGCCCCUUUUGGUCUUCAUAUCCUCUUUUUUUUUCAACUACAUCUUUGGAGCCUCAACUUUGUCAUUGUCUUUUGUGUGAACCGGAGCCGUUCAAUUCUGCGAGUAUUGGGUCUGCUC